UCUCUUACGAGAGCUCAGACGCUCUGGCUAUCAAGUUGAGUUGAGGAGGUGUUCCGAGGAGACGAUAUGUCACCCUCACGGCCAUUUUAUAUAGUAACCUUCGUUAUCUCGCAUUCGGUUGUUCGAUUGUUGUUGUACCCAUGUACUGUAUUUUUAUUCGAUCACAAGAGAUUAUAACAGACGAAUUUCCAAGCUGAUCGAUGAUCGGCGGCCUCAUUGAUUUUUGCUUCUUCCCACCAUCAUGGAGGCCAACGAUGAGCUAGUUAGCAGUCUUCCUAUUCGAUUUUCCGACCGGCUUUCCUUGCAAAUCCAUCAGUUUCCUUUGCUUUCACGACCGCUCCAGCCUCCGCCCUCCGCUAUCGCUAGUGGAAAACGAAUCAAAGCUCGUAUAAAACCCUUAGUACAUCGGUUGGAAGUUCAUGUACCUGCUGAUACACGACCGGACGUCUGGAAUGGCGAUCGAGGACGGGACCUUGGUGUAGCACAGCUGGAAGAUGAUCGUGAAAAAAAUCAAGGACCGAAGGGCAAGGAAGAGGAAGAACCACGCCUGUCGGAAAUUCGUUUGCAGAGUGAACAGGUUCCUCAAAAUGGUGUGCAUAUGCUGGGAAUCGUUAGAGACGGCGAGCUCCAUCUUCAUCCAGUCUCUGAAACACAUCAGUUUAGACCUACGUUGACAUACUUGGACCUUCUCUCCCAAAAAAACCGCCGCCGCGGAGGACCGGGCUCUGACUCUGACUCUGACUCCGGACCACCGCCAGAUCCUGACGAUCCAACACCUGCUGCACCCGUCAAGAAAGAGAAAAAGACUUCAGGCGAAGCGAAGGAAGUGCAAGUAUCGGCAAGAAAGGCAGAUGAUAAGGGAGGAAUGCAGCCAUUCCAGGGUGGGCUUUCGACGGUCAGACGCGAGAUGUUGCAGGCUAUCAGGGCAGAGGAGGAUGAAACCUGGGAAGAUUUGCAGUACAAUGAUGUCGCAACCGAGGAUGCUGAGGACGCAUUUGAAGGCGUAUUCUCUCAAUGCGACGACGAUCUGGAAUGUCGUACCGAUGUAACAGCAUUUUUAAAAAUAUACGAGGGCUCUAAGCUGGACUCUAUCGUCCGUUGAGGCGUUGCCAUCGGCAGAGUGGCAAAGUGUAGGACUGACAGCUUCUAUCUAAGCUCAAUAUCUGUCAUCGUAAGUCUCCGUUGUGAUUGGGAAAGUCACAUCUAC